AUGUUGAUCAAUUUGAGGCCCUGAGGUUCAGCAGCUCAAAGCAUAGUUCCAACAAAUCCUGUUCAAUUCCAUCGACUGAGUAAAGCUAUGGACUGGUCAGCAUUUAACUUCAUUUACUACGUGCAACUGUCCCCCACCUCCCUUUAGGCCUUUAAAAGGAGACCCGCAACACCCUUCAGGUGCAACUGAGUAAACCCUCAAAAAGAAGCAUUAGAGCGUGAGUUAGUAAGUGAGAAAAGAGAGAGAUGGCAAAGUGGUUUAUCAUGGCAGUGCUUGCCGUAGCAGUGGUUCACACCACUGCAAGGACUGUGCCUAGUGAUGCUGGUCUCGAUGACCAAAAGAAUAUCGUCGGCUUUGGCGGGCUCGGUGGCUUCGGCGGAGUCGGUGGUGUUGCAGGACUAGGUGGUUCUGGACUGCCAUUUGGUGGACUAGGUGGAGUCAGCGGACUUGGCGGAGGAAUCGGUAGUGCAGGUGGACUAGGUGGGACAGGAGGGCUCGGCAGCUUGGGUGGCUUGGGUGGCACCGGUGGUCUCGGAACCCUAGGCGGCAUAGGCAGUGGAGUGGGCACCGGUGGUGGACUCGGUGGUCCUGGUGGUGGCGCUGGUUCUCUUCCUUUCCCUUGAAUUUGUCGUGAUCAUGGUUCUCAUUUUAGGUUUAAGUUUAACUUCUACCAGUAAGGGUUUUGGAGUUGAGUGUGUCGUGUGUGUAAGGUGGUUCAUGUUUUUAGUUUCUUAUUGUUCUUCAUGUCUUUGCUUCAGAUUCCGUUGUCAUGUUCCUUUAGUGGAGAUUUAAUAUAACCUUUUUUUGUUGUGUUUUUUCAA